AUGUCAGUUGACAUAAAUUGGGAGACAAUCACAUCAGGUCCUGACGGGGAAGCCUUGGCCGAGAGCAUACGUUCAUUCGUACACGACAAAUUCCAGCAAGUAAGCUUGCCAGGAUUCAUUAGGUCGGUUGAGGUGCAUUCAUUCGAUUUUGGCACAAUCUGUCCUCAGUUUGAAAUCAAAGACAUCGGCGAUCCUCUUCCAGACUUCUACGAUGACAAUGACGACAAUGACGACAAUGCUAGCGAUGGAGGGGCUGACAGCAACCACGCCUCGGCUGUGAGCCGAGAUCAGGCAUUAGACCUAUCACAGCACACACAGAAGGAGCAAUCCAUUCAUCAUGCCGGUAGUCGAAAAACCGAGGUCAACGCCGCUCCAGUACAUAAUCCUUCACAAUCUCGAGGAUUACCUCCACAAAUCAACACCACGCUUCCAGCAGUGCGUUCUCCCUUCAACCUACUAGCCGAGCAACUUGGCAGUCCCUUUCCUCGAAGUGGCACACCUGGCAUACCUGGCGGCACCUCGAACCUAAGCUAUUUUCAUCUUCCCCUUGGAGGACUCUCAGGAACACAGACUCCCCUUGCAGCAGUAGCGAGCGGCACGAACUUUUCGGCUGGCGGCUGGUCAGAUCCGUCUCAAGUCCACGAACACCUCAAUGCCUCCAACUCACGUCAAACGUAUGCAGACCACGACAGCAGUUCACCUACCCGUCCAUCAACAGCGGUCAGUCUGGUACUCCCUCAAUCACCGACUGUGGAGAAUGGACUCUCACCAACAGUAUCACCGCACCUGCACUCCUCAACCCAGAUCCCGAACCUCCUAAACCACAGCAACCAAGCUGAAGCACCAGCAGAAUCGAGCGCCGCCUCAACGCUCCAACAACAACAACAGCAGCAGCAGCAGCAGCAACAACAACAACACCAACAACCCUCUGACCUGCAGGUAAUCACACACGUCAAAUAUGCCGGCGAUAUCCGCCUGACACUGACCGCCGAAAUCCUCCUCGACUACCCUAUGCCCUCAUUUGUCGGCAUUCCGCUCAAACUCUCCAUUACAGGCCUGACUUUCGAUGGCGUCGCCGUCUUAGCCAGUAUCAAGAAGAAUCUGCAUUUCUGCUUUCUGGCCCCAGAAGAUGCGGAGAUGUUGGUUGGGAGAUCAAAUGAGUCGGCACCCUCCGUUGCUAACGAUGGCGAAGGGGAGAGACUUAAGGAAAAGAGGGAGGGAAGUAGAAAGGAAAAGCCGGGUGGCUUGUUGGAGGAGAUUAGGGUGGAGAGCGAGAUUGGGAGAAAGGAGAAUGGUAAACAGGUGCUCAAGAAUGUAGGAAAGGUGGAACGGUUUGUGUUGGACCAGAUCAGGAGGAUCUUUGAGGAUGAAUUCGUCUACCCGAGCUUCUGGACCUUUUUGGUCUAA